CAGCCAACCGUGUAGGCCACAGCUCAGCUCCCCUCUCCAUUUUUUACAAAACCCUGCAGGUGAUGCUUUUGUGAAAAGAGGACGGGAAUACAAAACUACUUGAGUUCAAAAUGGCAGACAAGGAUAGCGUGGAGAAAUACCUGGAGAACAACCCACAGUUCGCCAAAGAAUACUUCGAUAAGAAGUUGCGUGCUGAAGCCCUCUCCGCCGCCUUUUCUGCACCUGUCGACAUCAAAGACACCGCUUCCUUCAAGGAUAUUAACUCUGUUCAAGAGGCCGCCAUCAUCUUCGAGAUGGUCCAGGAGUUGCAGAAACAGGUUGACUUUGAGAAGUCGUUUCACAAAGUGUUGCAGAGGGUUGCCCUGAUCUUACAGGCCGACAGGGUCAGUUAUUACAUAUGCCGGGCCAGAAACGGAAUACCCGAGCUGGCCUCUUGCCUCUUUGACGUGACUCCAACAUCCAAAUACGAGGCAAACCUCAUUAAUCCUCAGAGUGAAAUUGUGUUCCCUCUCGAUAUGGGUGUUGUCGGUUACACCGCACAUUGCAAAAAGCCACAAAAUGUUCCUGACGUCUCAAAGAAUAACAAGUUCUGUGACUUUGUGGACAAACAGACUGGAUACAAGACUAAAUGCUUGCUCACUUUCCCUUUGUUGGCUGACAAAGAGUGCCUUGGAGUCACCAUGGCACUAAACAAAAUAGGAGCUGAUGCGUUUUCUGCAGAGGAUGAGGCGCUCUUCCACAAGUACAUGAACUUUGCUCAAGUCCUUGCCCUGCAGCACUACACAAGCUACAUGUUCAAUGUGGAAUCCAGAAGGAGUCAGGUGCUGCUCUGGUCUGCCAGCAAAGUGUUUGAGGAGUUGACAGACAUUGAGAGACAGUUCCACAAAGCGCUCUACACUGUAAGGACCUAUCUACUAUGCGAACGUUACUCAGUGGGUCUGUUGGACAUGACCAAAGAGAAGGAAUUCUAUGAUGAAUGGCCGGUGAAACUGGGAGAUGUGGAACCCUAUAAGGGACCAAAAACACCUGACGGCAGGGAAGUCAUCUUUUACAAGAUCAUUGACUACCUCCUGGAAGGCAAAGAAGAAAUCAAAGUCAUACCUGGUCCGCCUCCAGAUCACUGGGCUCUAGUUAGCGGACUACCAACGUAUGUUGCAGAGAAUGGCUUUAUUUGCAACAUGAUGAACGUGGCUGCAGAUGAUUACUUCACUUUCCAGAAAGAGGCUGUGGAUGAAUCAGGUUUUGUCAUCAAGAAUGUCUUGUCGCUGCCCAUUGUCAACAAGAAGGAAGAAAUUGUGGGCAUCGCCACUUUCUUCAACAGGAAAGACGGCAGGCCUUUUGAUGAACACGAUGAACAGAUCACUGAGGCCCUGACACAGUUCUUGGGUUGGUCAGUGCUGAACUGCGACACCUAUGACAGGCUGAACCGUAUGGAGUAUAGGAAAGACAUUGCCCAGGAGAUGCUCAUGUACCAGAGCAAAUGCACCAGUGAUGAGCUGCAGUCCAUUCUGAACACCAAAGAGAAGUUUGAUUCAGAGCCUGAAGACUGCGACCAGAAAGAAAUGUACAAACUAUUGAAAGCAAACUGCCCAGCAGCUGACAAUGUCGAUGGAGAGAGUCUGUACCUGUUCUCCUUCAGUGACUUCCCCGUCUCAGAGCACGGCCUCAUCAAAGCCGGCAUUCGCAUGUUCUUUGAGCUCGGAGUUAUUGAAAAGUUUAAAGUUCCUGCAGAGACGCUGACCAGAUGGAUGUACACCGUGAGGAAGGGUUACCGUGCCAUCACCUACCACAACUGGAGGCAUGGCUUCAACGUAGGCCACACCAUGUUCUGUCUGCUGCAGACAGGGAGGCUGAGGAAGUACUACUCUGAUCUAGAUGCCUUUGCCAUGGUGGCUGCUGCUUUCUGCCACGAUAUUGACCACAGAGGGACCAACAACCUCUACCAGACAAAGAGCGCGUCUCCUCUGGCUAAACUUCAUGGCUCCUCCAUCAUGGAGAGGCACCAUUUGGAGUACAGCAAGACGCUCAUGGCUGAAGAGAGCCUGAACAUCUUCUGCAACCUCCAGAAGCGUCAGUUUGAGAAUGUGCAGCACUUGUUUGACGUCUGCAUCAUCGCCACUGAUCUGGCCCUUUACUUCAAAAAGAGAACCAUGUUCCAAAACAUUGUGAACGCCACAGAGCCGAUGACAGAUGAAAAGGAGGCCAUUGCCUACGUUUCCAACAACUCCACCAGGAAGGAAAUCGUCAUGGCCAUGAUGAUGACAGGUUGUGACUUGUCAGCUAUCACCAAGCCCUGGGAGGUUCAGAGCAAGGUGGCUCUGAUGGUCGCUGCUGAAUUCUGGGAACAGGGAGAUUUGGAGAGAUCUGUUUUGGACCAACAACCAAUUCCCAUGAUGGACAGAAACUGUGCUGAACAGCUACCCAAGAUGCAGUGCGGUUUCAUCGACUUUGUGUGCUCAUUCGUAUACAAGGAGUUUUCCAGAUUCCACAAGGAGAUCCAGCCCAUGUUUGAUGGGCUGAACAACAACAGGGCACACUGGAAUGAGCUGGCUGAGGUAUACAACGCAAAGAUGAAGGCCAUUGAGGAUCAGAAGAAGAAAGUGGAAGAUGAGGAAGCCAAAAAAGCAGGUGGCGACGGAGCGAAGUCAAAGACGUGCACCAUCUGCUAAGUUCCUCCAAUGCUUGGAUCUGGACUGAUGCGAUCUGGUUAGGACUAAUCAAGGCUACGCUAGCCUAUUCUGGUCUGACAUCUAGUCUAGUUGGGGUUUGACUAGGCUAGCUUGGUCUGGUCGGAUCUACACCAGCGUAGUUCUCUCUGGUUAGGUGCAGUCCAGUCCAGCCCUGUUUGAUCUGGUCUGCUUCAGUCUAGCCUACUUUUAGUCUAGUCUAAUCAGGUCUGGUUUGUGGUCCAGCCUAACUAUACUCCAAGGAGGAAAGAGUCAGAAACACCACCAAGAAGUAAUGACUGGAAGAGAAGCCGUUUGACUCUGAAGAUGUGUUGCGUUUGAAACUUCCUCUGUUUCGUACGACACACAGCCAUAAACAUUUUAAAACCCAACAUAUACAUAACUUAGCAAUUAUCUAAACAUUGAUGGUUAGAUACACUCAUAUGCUGAUACCAAAUGUUUCACGUCAAACUAAAGUACAGAUACAAACUCUUUAGUAUAAAUAGCUUAAACAGGGUACUGCAUGUGCUGCAUAUACAUGCCAAAGCAACAGUUUUCACAGUGUUCCUAUUCGACGUCAGUUACCACACAGUAUAGUAGUACUGUAGGUUGCACAGUGCACUUGCACACAAUGCUGCUGCUGUUUUGGCAGGCCAUGAAUGGAUAGCGGGAGGGCAGGCAGAGACAAUAACCGCAUAACUUUAUACUUGCUGGAUUCAGCGGAAUGGGGUUAGAAUUAUGUUUUUGGUUAAUGGUUUGAGCAGCACAAGUUGUGGAAUUCAUUCCUUGAGCACACAAGCAGAAGACUGCAAUCUGGAUCCGGUUAAUGCUCAAUCAACAAGGGCUGAUGUUAUCUUACCUCAGAAGGCGCCGACAUGUUGUGUAAGAGUGUAUGUAUUUUAAUAUGCAAUCCAUCUAUAUAUGUUGUUUUUUUUCUGAUUCUUUGUCUGACAAUUUUGUACUUGAACUGUCUUCACGGAUGGAGAGUUUGAGACGAGCUUUGAGAGAGGGCGUUGUGAAUCUGUGAAACAAAUUCACUCUAAAAAAAAUCAAAUUCAGGCAUCAAAGAAAUGUUUUGAAUUUGUGCUACUUUAUUGUCAGCUUUGAAAAACACCUGUAAGCUGGUGUCUUAAAGUCCAACAACCUGAAAAAAUAAUA